AACGCGAAAUUUCGGAUGUAACUGGAACGAGUUGAAGCUCGCUCAGUCGCUACCUCGACUGCAGCCUCUGGAUUUGUAUUGCGCACGGAGGAGGAAAGGGCCGACUCUUUUGUACCUCAACAGCUGAAGGGAGCUAUCUUCGAUCGACUGCAUCUGGUGGAGCUUUAUCGGACAUCAAUUUGGCGACGGAACACGCUUCUAAGUUUACCCGACUGAUGAGUUACUUCGUUCAGUAGCCUCGAGGAGUGGAAAGGCAAUCUUUUACAGAGCUUACCUGUUUUCCGAAGGUGCAGCUUCUUGCGGACCGAGUUCACGAGCAAUAACUUUGGAGGAAGUGGAUCUGGUGAACAGGAAUAUACAGUCUGCGAAGUAUGGCCGAUCGAGUCAUAACGAAGCCUCAUGCACUCAUCUUACCUGUGCCUAGCCACAGUCACCUUGUUAAUUUGCUCGCAUUGGCUUCGAAGCUCGCCAAGAACGGCAUCACGAUCACGGUGGCGGGCUUCAAACGUACAAUCUCGAGCAUCAAGGUCGAGUACGCCAAGGAAGUUGAAGCUCAUGAAUUCAAUCUUUUGGAGCUUGAGCACGACCCCGGGAAUGUCGACUUUGUCAACGUAAAACCAGAGCAUGUCAUAGCCGGUUUGCAGCUUGGAUUCGUGGCUGCUGUGGAGAAGUUUGAGUCUGAUCGUGCUGCCGGAAUGUCGAUACCAACCUGCAUCAUAGCGGAUUUGUUUUUGAACUGGACAGAAGAUGCUGCAGUGCGUCUUGGCAUACAGCGAUACGACUUUUUAGCGAGCGGAGUAAACCUGGCUCGACUAUACAACGACGUACCCAGGUUGAUUGAGCAAGGCGCGGUGAAGCUUUCGGAGAACAACUCCAUCCUCCCUUUUGAUGGAUUUCUGCAAGUUCAGGAUGUCGCAAAUCUACGAUUUUCGGACCUUCCUUAUUCUCUCCUAGCUCUGAUGGAUAUGGUGAUGACGUUCGUCCAGACUACCUCUCGUCCUCUCGUGGUGAAUUCGUUCUACGAAUUGGAGUCCAGAGUGAUUGAUGGGCUUGCUCUUGUCCGCAAGAUCAUCCCGAUCGGUCCUAUUGACACGGCACGGGUGGACGAAAAUGAUGAAUCCAGGGAGGAGCCAAGAUCAGAAUUGUUGGAUUGGCUCGAUACCCAACCCGAGGCAUCAGUUAUAUACAUAUGCCUGGGAAGUAUGGUUCGUCUCGAUCCCCCUCAAAUCAUGCAACUAGCACUUGCUCUCGAAUCCAGCAACGACUGCAGAUUUUUGUGGGCUCUUAAACAACGAGAUAGCAACCCGAAACCUCUGGCGGAUGUGCUUCCUCCUGAUUUUCAAACGAAGAUGAAGGGACGUGGCCUGGUAACCAGUAGCUGGGCUCCCCAGGUCCAGAUUCUCAAACACCCCGCUACUGCCGGCUUCCUUUCGCAUUGUGGUUGGGGGUCAACAGUAGAGAGCCUGUCGUCCGGUGUGCCCAUGAUCGGGUGGCCUCAUUAUGCCGAGCAGUAUCUGAAUUGCAGAUACCUUGUGGAUGGACUCAAGGUGGCCAUGGAAGUACUCAGAGGGACUGAUGACCUAGUGGAUCAAAAUGAAUUUAGAAAGGUUUUUGCGCUAAUGAUGGGGGAUCACGGGAAAGAUCUGAGAGACAAAUGUAAAUUGAUUAAGGUCCAUGCGACAGCAGCUGUAGCUCCCGGUGGAUCCUCUGAGAAGGCUUUUCUCGAGUUAGUCGAGGAUAUCAAGGUUCUGAAUUAGUGAAAAAAACAGUCUUUUUUUCAAAUUUUCAACAUACCAGCAUGUUAGCUGGUAUAUACAACUGUGAGAAAGUUUGUUUAGAAUACAAAUGUGAGAAAGAGACAACAAUCCGACUUUGUGAAGUAAUUCCCAGCGCCCAGGUGGCAAACCUAAUCGAAAUGCAAUCGGAUUCAC